UUGGGCUGUUGUAUUUGUUGUUGUUGUUUUUUUUACAAUUGUUGAAACUUUUCAAUUUCACAAUUUUCAACAUUUUUGAUCAUGUACUUUUUUAUUUACAUAUAAAUUAGUAUUUGUUUUCUGUUAUUUUACAGUUUUUUUUACAGUCACCUUAUUCACCUUAUUUAGCAGCUUCGCUAGGGUGGUGCCAUAUUACUGCAUGUUGUCUCUUUACUUCCGCUUCAGCCAGGAAGUGCAGCUGUCAACGAAAGGAACGAGCGCUGUAAGCUAACCAGAUAGCGAUUUUAUUUCAUCAAGAUGUCUAGUAUUAUGUGUUCAGUCAGAGGCAACCAUAACAACUGGGUCAAGAGGAGAGAGCUUUUGAAACAAACCUGUUUUGAACAUCAUGUGGAGAGAAAGGAGUGUUGUGGGGCGCCUUAUAAUCUACAUCGUCCGCCCAAAGACGAGAAGCACAAGCGGCUGUGGCUGAAAGCGCUAAACCUUAAGUGCCCACCGAAGCGCCGUUAUGUAUGUUCGUUUCAUUUUGUGGACCGAGAGCCGACAGAGGAGCACCCUUACCCAGAGAAAUGGCUCGGCUAUGAUGCUCCAGUGAAGAAGCCAUGGCGGGUUUUGAAGAGGUUGUCAGAUAGGGAUAUGACAGUAAGCGUCAAGGAUGCAGAGGAGCAGGAUGACCAAAUUCACAUGCCUCCACAUUGUGAUGUGGGAACUCAGUGGGAGGAUCUGUCUGUCUCUGAUCACAGCUAUGCUACAAGAUCCCCACUCCAUCUGAAGCCCCUGACAUCUGAAGUUGGAACGCAGUAUGUUGGGUCAGCUGCGUUGUACUCAACCCUACUCAGGACUGAUAACCUAUGUCAGCUGUAUACAUGGUUGUCUCUGGAGGCAUUUAAUUGUGUUGCUGAGCACCUCACAGAAGAGUACCACAACAGCUUCCAGUUACACACCUGGGAUCAGCUCCUGAUGACCCUGAUGAAGCUGCGCCUGAAUUUGCUGCAGGGAGACCUUGCCGAAAGAUUUGGUGUCUCACAAACCAUUGUAAGUAAAAUCAUUGCUUGCUGGCUUGAUCUAAUGGAGGAAAAAAUGAGGUGUUACAUUCCCUGGUUGCCCAGAGAGACCAUUCAGGAAACCAUGCCUCAGUGUUUCAAAGAACACUACCCCAAAACAACCUGUGUGAUUGACUGUUCAGAGACCCCCCUCCAAAAGCCACGCAAUCUUGACUCGAGAGGCGAGUCUUACAGCCACUACUACGGCCAGAACACCAUAAAGUAACUAGUCGCCAUUGCACCAUGUGGUCUGAUCAUGUUUAUUUCAGCUGCCUAUGGAGGAAGGUGCAGUGAUAAAUUCAUUACUUCAAAUUCUGGGUUAUUGGAAUACCACCGCCCCGGUGAUGAGGUUAUGGCUGACAGAGGCUUCACUAUUGAAGAUCUUCUGUACCAACGGAAGGUGAAACUGACCAUCCCAGCAUUCACCAAGAGAGGCAUGCAAUUGUCUGAAGAGGACACCACCAGCACAAGGCGUAUUGCAAAUGUACGGGUCCAUGUUGAGCGGGUCAUACGUCGACUAAAAACCUUUAAAAUCCUUUGUCAGACAUUUCCCAUCAACCUUACUCCCAAAGCUGACAAAAUUUUAAGAAUUUGUGCAGCCCUGUGCAACCUUAGAGGUGACAUCAUUUCUGAUGCAGAGGAAGAAUGAAGACAUUAAGUGUUGCCACUGAGAUGAGCAGAUGUUACCUGUACUUAAGUUCAGUUUCAUAGAUAAAUAGGUAAUACUUUUUUAGAUUGUUUAUUCAGAAUCUUUACUGUAUAUAGAAUAAUCUCACCAGUUUGUUAAUACUCACUUUGAUUAGUCUUUGAAGUGAAGAAUGAUUACAUCUGUUUGCAGAUAGUUUUCUGUACAAACCUUGAAUUGUAGUUGUCAUUAGUCUCUACAAUAUAAUUGUAAUAAAUGUAACAAUAUGUGA